UCCCAGACGGACCCACCCGUAGACGCGGACGCGAGUCCCUCCCCUCGAUCGCCAAACCGUAUUCCGGCCUCUCCGGUGCAGAGGCAGCGGCGGCGGCGGCGGAGGUGAGAGAGAUGUCGAGGGCCGUCAGGAUCCGCGGCGACGAGCUGGAGACGACGGAGCGGGAAGCGAAGAGGCGAAGCGUGGCAGAGGAGGGGCAGGGGACAGCUCUCCACUCCACAAGCCCUAGAUCUCCGGGCGAGCUAGCUGUUCGGACUUCCCAUCCAGAGAUACACUUGGCGAUCUUCGAGCCCAACAAAGCCCAAUCGGAAGCAAAACAAGAUCGUGUGUACGAUGUGGUCGAGUCCGUGGCGGAGGAAUCCUCCGAUCCACUCAGCCCCCCGAUCUACCAACCCUACAUUCCCGACGAGCUAGUUGAUGAUCUGGACGUACUCGCUGACUUCGAGGACGCCAAGGCUAAGUACGAAGCAGAACGGGAUCGUCGAGCUAACCUCUUCACUAUGGAGCAUCACUGCUAUAAAGCACCCUCCUCCCUGUUCAAGACCCAUCGAUUGCUUCCUAUUCUUGAACAAGCAAGGGAUGCAACACUUCUUGCUGCUAAAUCUGUGAUUUUGCUCUCAUCAUUUGUCGAGAGUGACCCACUGAACAAGUGUUCUGGUUUAUGGUUUGAAAGCGACGAUCAUAGCAAAACCGCCCUUGUUUUGACAUCCGCUCAGCUCAUUCGUGAAAAGAAAGAACCAAAAAACCCAUUCGAGUGGAAGGUGCAGUGGACAGGCAAUUAUCAUCGUCAGGCUAAGGUCAUUGUUCACUUGCUGGACAACACAGCUGUGCCUGCCAGCCUCCUCUAUCUCCAGGAGCAUUAUGAAUUUGCUAUUUAUAAGGUUCAAGUGGACAAACCAGUUCAGUUGGCUACUUUUACCGAGUGCGUGCGUUCUGGUCAAGAUGUUUUCAGACUCGGGAGAGAUGAAAAUCUGAAUCUUAGUACAACUCAUGGUAUGGUGGCUUAUAAUAUUCCAUCCUGGUAUGAGAGAUGUCACUAUAUGUAUUUGUCUUGUGAUCCAUCUAGUCCCUCACUGCUUCGUGAUGAUGGAGGACCCAUCAUUGAUUUAGAAGGGAAAGUUGUGGGUCUAGUUAACAACCAUAUUAAGGAGACAUUCAUACCUUCGUUCUUAUUGCACAAGUGCUUGGAUUUUUGGAGAAGAUUCAAUUGUAUGCCUCGCCUCCAUCUUGGAAUGACGUUUACUUCAAUAAAACAUUUAGAUCCUAGCUGUAUUGAGAGAAUGACUCGUAAUCAUAACAUCGAGUCCGGUCUUAUUGUUGAGCAGGUGUCUAAAGGAUCUAAUGCUGAGAAAAUUGGAAUUCGUGAGGGUGAUGUUAUUGAAAGCUUUAAUGGAAAGUACAUUUCUACUACAAUUGAGUUGGAGCAGAUGUUGAUAGACAUAUGCUGGGAUCAUUUUGAUCAAGGAAAAGAGUUAUAUGCUGAAAAAGAUGUCUCCGUGAAAAUAUUUGAUGCCAUCAAACAUCGCCGGAGAACUAGAAACUUGACUGCAAUUGUAUCGGAUCUUGGAGAAGACAUUGUGGAAGGCACUUACCCUAUCAUGCGAAAAGAAGCCAUGCCAGUCUCGUAAGUUUCUUGAGCUGGGCCUGAGAGAGGUACUUGCCCGCUGCUGGCCUUCAUGGACGAGUCAUUGGAAAAAACCCUUGCAUGCCAAUUGCAAAUUCAAGUUCGGCAUAAUCAGUGUGUGUGUGUGUGUGUGUGUGUGUGUGUGUGUGUGUGUGUGUGUUUUCGCAGACAAAAACUUUAAAUUAUGGGUGCCUUUGGACCGUAGAAGCAGCUACCGGAACAGGGCUCUAAGUCGACAGCCAAAUAUAUGCCGACGGCUACCGUCGGCCUAGUCCGAGCUAUGCCGACAGCUAGCUCCUGGCCGUCGGCGUACAAAGGCCGUCGGGCUAUCCGCGUCUAUGCCGACAGAAGCCGUCGGCACAUCACAGCCGUCGGCUUAUCCCAGACUACGCCUACAGCUGCCAUCGGCAUAUAUAGGCCGUCGGCAUAGAUGCGGGCCUGCUGACAACUGCCAUCACGGCCGGCUAACGACGUCAAAUCUAUGCCGACGGCCGUGACGGGUGGCCGUCGGCAUAGAUACGGGUGACACGUCACCGAUGCAGAGCGCACCGACCAGGAGCUAUGCCACGGCAGCCGUCGGCAUAGCUGACACGUCAUCGAUCCGCGGCGCUGUCCAUCUACCCUGG